AUGCAACGUUACCGUGAAACACAUGACUUCAAUCAUGUCCUUCUACAAAUGCCCACUAAUAUGUUGGGUGAGAUUUUCUCAUCCGUACAUUCAUCCACCUUAUUGUGGUGUUUGUCUACAUAUUUACCUUAUUUCAUCACUGUUGAGUAUUUUGAAGACAUUCAAUUUGGUUUGCCCAUGUGUGUGACUGCCGGCAUAUUUGGGGCAGGAAGGUUGCGCACAAAGCAUUCAAUUUGGUUUGCCCAUGUGUGUGACUGCCGGCAUAUUUGGCGCAGGAAGGUUGCGCACAAAGUGAAUGUUGAACUAUUUUUCGUAUUACAGGCAUCGCCACAGGUUCCUUACGAAACAUCUGCUAUGGAUUUUUGA